CCCCGCGGGAAGUACUUCGACACCAUUGGUGUGCUGACUUUCAAUGCCACAUUGGCUGACGCAGCGAAAAGGAUUGAAUGCCAAGCAAUCACAAAUUUGAUGGAAUCCCCGUUUAGGACAUAUGCUACACUUGAUGUUCAAUUUGCCCCUGAUUUGAGAAUGGUCCUAAAUGUUACCGGCAGAAAUAUCAGGGAACAUGAUUAUGUGCAGUUCCAUUGUCAGGUUCAUGCAAACCCUGCAACUGUUGAGUGGAGGUGGUAUCGAAAUGAUCACCCUAUCAAAGAUGCUGACUCAGACACUUAUUACGUUCUGGCCAUCAGUCCUGACUACCACAAUCAUAAAAUUUCCUGUGAAGCCACCAAUUCUAUUGGUAGUUCGAGAGUGGAUAAAAUUCUGAAUGUGGAAUAUGGUCCAAGAAUACGGGACAUCACAGAAGUAGUUGGUGCAGACAUAGGUCUUCCCACCGAACUUGUCUGUAUGGCAGAUGGUAAUCCUGAACCAAACGUAAUAUGGAGACGUAAAGACAGGACCACAUACACUCACCGUACACUAUCCACCAAGAAAGUAUACCGUAUAGAACGUGUCAAUGACCAGGAUUUUGGGUGGUACGUGUGCACAGCUACUGUCAUAGGAUUUCCAGACACCAGCAGGGAAGCCAUGCUCCUGAAAAAUGAUGUACCAAAAAUGAGGAGUGAAAAGCACCAGAUGGCAACAGUCGGUGAAAGAGGCAAACUGGAAUGUAUUGCCAACUCUAUUCCUAAACCUAAAUCUGUUAUAUGGUCAAGACGAGGGAAAGAAAUCAACUAUGCACUGUCUGGCCAGUUUUCCAAAGAAGAUAAAGAUCUGCUGUAUGGAGUCAAGAGUGUCCUUCACAUCAACAAUGUCCAGCCUGGCGACUUUGGCAUGUACAACUGUACGGUUGAGAAUGAGUAUGGGGUUUCUUUUGAUCAAAUCGAGCUUGUUGAGAAACAUGUGCUACCAAUUACAUACAUCAUCAUCGCCAUCAUUGGAGGCAUAGCUGUGAUAUUUGUGACGGCUCUGAUCUGUGUUCUGUACCGGCGCUGCAAGAAGGAGGACCAAGGUAGUGUUUUAGGUUCCUACACAGACACAGACAGUUCGUCAGAUAAGAAGAGAGACAAAACAGAUUCUCCCAACACUCUGAUGGGUCAGCUGCGCCAGGACUACAAUAAGGAUGUCUACCGGUUUUCUGCUGAUUAUGAUGAUAUGCCUUAUAAG